CUGUUCAGUGUUUGUAACCUGGCAUCCCACAUGUUUGAUGAAUUUCCUACCUGAAUUGAUUUUGUGAUAAAUCUCUCUUUGUCAAAUCUCAAUUCUUAAAUUAGGAAAGUUAUUUUGUACCAUUAGAUAUAUUAAUAUUUAACGGUCAUAAAUCUCUCACUGUGGGCUGUGGAAGGGAUUCAUGGAGUUGCAGCGCUGCUACCACCGUCGAUGCUUGUAAUGGCUGCAGAACAGAUGCGGACAGAAAAUCGGGAAAGUGAAGGGUAGAACGAGAAAAGGAAAAAAGGAAAAAAAUAAUCUUAGAUCAUUAAAAUUUAAUAUUACUAUAUCCAAUGGUACAAAAUAACUUGCCCAUGAUCCUCUUUCCCACCCUAGCAUUCUUACUUGUCUGUUCUAAUCCGUCGUUGCUUUGAAUGUACUUUUCCACAGUGUCAAAAUCAAAAUGCUUUCAGGUUCAAGCACUGGGAGUUACUUACAACUUAGAGCUGCAAAAUUUCACAUGAGACCAAUUUCUGGUUUAAGAGGAGAGAAGUUGCAAUUUUCAAGUGUAAGGUUUGGUCUUAAGCAUAAAAUUUCCUGCAAACUUACUGAUGUGGGAAAUGAUUUAAGCUCAUCAAAGGAGCUUGGAAAGUGUCAACCUUUGGUUAAGAUGUGUGGCAUUACAUCAGCUAAAGAUGCUGCAAUGGCAGCUGAAGCUGGUGCAAGUUUUAUUGGAAUGGUCAUGUGGCCUAACUCAAAACGUUCUGUUUCGCUUUCUGUUGCACUGGAGAUAUCGAAAGUUGCAAGAGAUUAUGGAGCAGAGCCUGUGGGUGUAUUUGUGGAUGAUGAUUCUGAAACAAUUCUAAGAGCUUCUGAUGCAGCAAACCUUGAAUUUGUUCAGCUUCAUGGAUAUGGAUCUCGGUUAGCUUUUCCGUCUUUAAUUCAGGAAAAUCGUGUAAUAUAUGUUCUCCAUGUAAAUGAGGACGGAAACCUUUUAAACACAAUUUCUGAUGAAGAGUGUUCUCUAGUUGAUUGGGUCCUUGUAGACAGUGCAAAGGGUGGCAGUGGUAAAGCAUUCAAUUGGGACCAGUUGAAACUGCCAAACAUUAAAAGUAAGUAUGGUUGGCUCUUAGCAGGAGGGAUCCAGCCUGAGAAUGUUUCUAAGGCUCUAUCUACUCUCAAGCCUGAAGGGGUCGAUGUCAGCAGUGGCAUUUGUGCAUCAGAUGGUAUCCGCAAGGAUCAAUCAAGAAUAACUUCCUUCAUGAAUGCAGUGCAUUCUGUUCAAUAUUGAUUUACCUUGAAUUAUUAUGAGUCUUGAGAAAAGAAUUGUAAUCUGGAAAUAUCCUUAAGUUCUUCUUUCAUGAUGUCUUGUCACAAUUUUUUUCUAUUACAAUUUGUACCCCUUAAGUUCUUCCUUGGGAGCUGUUUUCUAGGCAUGGGAAUGGGAAUAUUGUAAUGCGGGGUGAGAAUACAUGGGUACAAUUUUUAUUUAAUUAAUACAAAUUCAAAUAUAAAAAAGUAAGAACCACAUUGUCAUAUUUUUCCUGCUUAUCGUUACAUACAACCUCAUUGCAAUUCUACUCU